AAAGAACAGUUGUUGGAUUUUCUCUCUCUAAGCUUUUGGUUGUGGGUGGGUCUUUAUACUUUCUUUACGCCGGCUAUCUUUGGUCCAGAGCUACACGUUUUCCGAUCAAAUCUCAGCUCCUAUACUAUCGGCAAGUUUUAUUUUUAUUUUAUUUAAUUUGUGUAAUUUAUGUUCAGAGUUUGAUUCUCAUCUUCCUAUAAUUACUGAGCUUGUCAGCUUGAAGCCAAGUAAAUUAAAUACAAGCCCGGAAAAGGCUGCGUAGAUACAUAGCUAGGUACAAUUAUACUCGCAUCUAGCUUUUGGAUUGUCAAAAAAGCAGAAUCCAGUUUUAAUUUUUAUAUUGGUGGUUUAGCGUUUGAACAAGGGUUUUCUUCCGGGAAAAUGUAAUUGAGCUAACCCGAAGAUUUCUUGGAUGUGGGUGUUAGUAGCUCUUGUUUGGUUCCAUGGAUUUGUGGGUUCCUUGUUCUUCACUCUGUAAGGUUGAUCUUGGGUUGAUUGGGAGGUAAUUUUAGCUUAAUUUUGAUUUGGGGGAGGUGAUUUUGGGGUUCUUCGUUCUGAAUUGUGGGGAUUUUGUGGGUACAAGUGUUGUUGAUCCAUGGAAUCAAGGGUUGGUGGGAAGGGUCAUAAUCUUUAUGGCCCAGUUUUUCCAGAUUUGAAGGCGGUGGGAAAACGGAGCAUGGAGUGGGACUUGAAUGAUUGGAAGUGGGACGGCGAUCUGUUCACAGCCCUUCCUUUGAAUCGUUUGCCGUCGGAUUGUAGGAGCAGACAGUUGUUCCCAGAUGGAUCCCAGGCCGGGAACAACGCUGGAGUUGUCUCCAACAGCUCUGCUUCUACUGAAUUGGUGGCAUCGAAUGAGAAAGAAGGGAAGAUGGAAAUGGAGAAGCGAAGGAGGGUGGUUGGUGUUGAGCAGGUGGAAGAUCUCAACGAAUGCGGUUUGCUUAAUUUGAAGCUUGGUGGUCAAGUUUUCCCAAUAACAGAGGACGAAAUGGAAACAUGGGAAAGAAAGAGUGGGAAGAAGACAAAAGUUGCGGGCGGAUCAUCGAAUCGUGCUGUUUGCCAAGUGGACGACUGUCAGUUGGAUUUGUCCAAUGCUAAGGAUUAUCACAGGAGACAUAAAGUUUGUGAAACCCAUUCUAAGGUUACCAAAGCCUUGGUCGGAAAUUCCGUGCAGCGAUUCUGUCAGCAGUGCAGCAGGUUUCACAUUCUUCAAGAGUUUGAUGAGGGGAAGCGUAGUUGCCGAAGGCGUUUAGCUGGACACAACAGUCGGAGAAGAAAGACACAUCCCGAAAAUGUAACCAAUGCACCCCUAAUGAAUGAUGAGCGGGGUACUAAUUAUUUAUUAAUUAGUCUGCUAAGGAUACUGACCAAUUUGCAUGGUACGGCAAAUAGCUCUGAUCAAACAAAGGAUCAGGAUAUUCUCUCUCAUCUAUUGAGGAGCCUAGCAAGUCUGCCUGGCUUAAAUGGCGAAAGGAACCUCUCUGGGACAUUACCUGCUUCUCAGGAUCCCCAGAAUGCAGGAACAUCUGCUGGAUCUCCCGAAAAGGACUCUCGCCAGCCGGUAGGGAAUUCUGCGAAUCUAUCCCCAUCAGAAGUGAUGGGGAAGAACAUUGAUGCAGCAGUUAAUGCUGAAUAUGGACAGCCUGAAAGCUCAAUUGCCACAGAUAAUUUGGUCAAACAGGCAACAAUGCAUAACAUUGAUUUGAAUAAUGUGUAUGAUGACUCACAAGACUGCAUGGGGGGUUUUAAAAGUUCCUGCCCCAGUCAAAAUCCCGGCAAAAAGUCUACUGCUUGUCCUUUAUGGGAUUCUCAAGAUCCCCAUAAGUCGAGCUCCACUCGGACAAGUGGAAACACUUGUUCAACAUCAAGCUUGUCACCGUCUAAUUCCAGUGCCGAGGCUCAGGGUCGAACGGACCGGAUUGUAUUCAAGCUUUUUGGGAAGGGUCCUAGUGAUCUCCCUUUGGCCUUACGGAAACAGAUUGUUGAUUGGCUUUCAAACAGUCCUACUGAAAUUGAAAGCUAUAUUAGACCUGGCUGUGUCAUACUGACAAUAUACUUGCGAAUGGAUAAAUCUGUAUGGGAGGAGCUUGGCUGUGACCUCAGCUCUAGUUUAAGGAAGCUCAUUGAUGCGUCUUCUGAUUCAUUUUGGAAAACAGGAUGGAUCUAUACUCGAGUUCAAAACCGGAUAGCUUUUGUAUUUAAUGGCCAGGUUGUUUUAGACACACCUCUACCAGUUAAUGGCUACAACGGCUGCAAGAUAUCAAGUGUCAAACCAAUUGCUGUUCCUGUCUCCAAGGGUACUCGCUUUUCACUUAAAGGCUUCGACUUGUCGCGGCCCAACACAAGAUUUCUAUGUGCACUAGAAGGGAAAUAUUUGGUCCAGGGAAAUUGUGGUGAUAUGCUGGGGACUGACUCGUUUUUGGAUCAUAAUGGGAUCCAAUCCCUUAGCUUUCCAUGCGUUAUACCAAAUGUCACUGGCCGUGGAUUCAUUGAGGUAGAGGACCAUGGUCUCAGCAGCAGCUUCUUCCCAUUUAUAGUUGCAGAGGAUGAUGUGUGUUCAGAAAUCCGUACACUAGAGAGCAACCUUGAGAUUUCAGAAACUGCUUCUGGACUCCAACAAGAAACUGAAAACUUAGAAGCCAGAAACCGAGCUUUGGACUUCAUCCAUGAGAUGGGCUGGCUCCUUCAUAGGACUCACACAAAAGUCAGACUGGGUGCCAAGUCAAAUCAUCUUCGCUUCCCGUUUGACCGGUUCAAGUGGCUAAUAGAGUUCUCGGUUGACCGUGAUUGGUGCGCUGUAGUUAAGAAGCUUUUGGAUGUUUUGUUUAUUGGCAUUGUGGACGAAGGAGAACAUUCAUCCCUGGAGGUCGCUUUGCAGGACCUCGGUCUCCUCCAUAGGGCCGUACGUGGAAAAUGCAGGUCAAUGGUAGAAGCUCUCCUACAAUACUGCCCAAAUAGAGGGGUUGACGAAUUGAAAGUGGCCAAAAAACAGAGUGAAUGUCCCUACGUGUUUAGACCGGAUGCAGUUGUAUUUGAAGGCCUCACUCCACUCCAUAUUGUUGCCAGUCAAAAUGGAUUGGACAAUUUAUUAGAUGCGUUAACCAACGACCCCGGACAGGUCGGAAUUGAGGCAUGGCAGAACGCACGCGACAGCACAGGAUUAACACCAAACGACUACGCAUGCGUGCGAGGCCACAAUUCAUACAUUCAUCUAAUCCAAAAGAAAACAAAGAAGCAAUUGCCGGGCAAUGCUGAUGUCGUCAUAGAUAUCCCAACCAGUAAGAUCGCGCAGAAAACAGGAAACAUGACUUCCAGCUUCCAGACCGAGAAAUCAUCAGUCAAUGCUACAAAGACAAGUUGCAGUCAGUGCGAGCAGAAGUUAGAGUACAGAAGGUUUAGUAGUAGUAGUAGAAGAAGAACUUCACUUGCAAUAUAUAGGCCAGUGAUGCUAUCCAUGGUGGUCAUUGCUGCCAUAUGUGUCUGUGUGGCCCUCUUGUUCAAAAGCUCGCCGACGGUCUACAUCUUCCAGCCAUUCAAUUGGGAGCUUCUCAAGUACGGGUCGAGUUAACUCGCCGUAAGUAUAAAAGGAGAAAUAAAAAAAAUAAGGAUGAACUCUCGACACGGUGUUCGGGUCGGAAUUGAGCUUAGGAAUUUUACCCAUUUGGAUUUUCAUCUCAGUAAAUUUGUAGUCUCUUGUAUGAGGUGUGUAUGUGUGCUGUUUUUGUUUGGAUUUGAUUGCGUGUAUAUAUAUAUGGAAGCUAAGCUCCUUUGUUAUAUAUACCGCUUGGUUUGGGAACAUUAUUUGUGAUUAGUAGUUUUGGAUAGAUUU